UCAGUGGUGUACCACUCUCUGGACUUUGAGCCUGUGAGCUUCUUUGCUCUGGGGUCUCCCAUCGGGAUGUUCCUCACAGUCAGGGGUCUGGAGCGAAUCGAGGAGAACUACCACCUCCCCACCUGCAAGGGCUUCUUCAACAUCUACCACCCGUUGGACCCGGUGGCGUAUCGCAUUGAGCCUCUGAUCAUACCAGACCUGGAGCUGAAACCUGUUUUAAUCCCACAUCACAAAGGAAGAAAGAGACUCCAUCUCGAGCUGAAGGAGAGCCUGACGCGGAUGGGCUCAGACCUGAAGCAGGGUUUCAUCAGCUCUCUGAAAAGCGCCUGGCAAACUCUGAACGACUUUGCCCGCGCUCACACCUCCUCCGCGCAGCUACAGGCUCAGCUCGCCAUCGUCGCGAACCAGAUCGAAGAGGAGGAGAAGAGCGCGCAGCAAGAGGAGAAGAGGGACAUUGAGACCCCAGAGCCGCAGAGGGAGGAGGAGCCUCAGGUGAAGAUCGGGAUGUUGAACGGAGGGAACAGGAUCGACUACGUUCUUCAGGAAAAACCCAUCGAGAGCUUCAACGAGUAUCUGUUUGCUCUACAAAGUCAUCUUUGCUACUGGGAGUCUGAAGACACAGCGCUGCUCAUCCUCAAAGAGAUCUACAAAACCUAUGGGCAUCCAUCCAGAGCCGCUCGCUCAUUAAAACAUCGGGACAGAAAUCCUUUAGUUUUACUGAAGCUGUUAAUUUCUUAUUUUCUUAUUUCUAUCCAUGUAGUUUAUUGUAUUAAGGUGAAAAACACGCCUGUAUGAUGCCAUUUGUCUUAAUUAAGAGACACAAAUGAGCAGAUUUAAACUUUAUAUGACGUUUUAUAGAUAAAUUAUAGCAGGGUUUGAGUUUAGUGAAAUUAUAUGAAAUAAAAUGUUAAAGAUCCUAUAUUACACAAAACUGACUCUUGUGAGUUUUAUGCCUUGUUGUAAUGUUGUUACCUUCUCAAAAACAGACCUGGAGUUGUGCUUUGUUGCGUUCACAUAUUUGAGUGACCCUUUUAGUAUUAGUUUGUCCACAUUUCUAAACUGCAGAAUCCUCUGUUCUUCCUUGUGACAGUUAACAGCUCCCUUCACCCUUUGUUCAGUUUAGAUUGGAAAUUCCAGAGCUGAAAUUAUUCACACGAAACAUAAAAACACAGUGGAGCUCUUCCUGUAUUACUUCACAAACUGGAACUGUGUUAAUGUGUGUCUGUGUGUGUCAGUUUGAGAGAAGAACUCAUCAUAAAUAGGCAGGAUUUUUGUGUUAAACAUGUGAAGGAAACAAAACACAGGUCUGUUUUUGACGAGGAAACAAUCGAACAGAAAUCAUAAACUAGUGUAAUAUGAGCCCUUUAAAUGAACAAUAAGCAGCAGAGAUGGGAGCACUUAAUGCAGUUGGGUUUAUUAGGGCCAAAAUUCAAAAUAAACUUCGCAGUGUUUUUAUGGUAUGUUGGACAAUGAGUGGAAGACAUUUCUCCUGCCAAAAGAGGAGACUAUUUACAAGCGCUGGGAUGUUUGAAAUGUAUUAAAUAAGAGUAUAAAUGAGAGGAAUAAAGCCUGCUCUAUACAAA